AUGGGUUUAAUGGCGUUAUCACCGCAGGAACUUGAGCUUAUAAUGAAAUCAGGUAAAAUACGGAUUUUUGAGUAAUCUUUGGCAGUGUUUUAAUUUUUAUAUAUUUUAUUUAGGUAUCUAACAAAAUUUACACUCGUUAAGGGUCUUUAAAAAACGGCAGUGUUUUCUAAUGUUUAAUUAGACUAUUAAAAACGUUUGAAAGAAUUAUGAACAAAUUGAUUUGCUAACCUUUAAAUAAAACUACUUAUUUAGGUUCAGAGACUGAAAGACGUUACGCUAAAGCAAUAUUGCCUAUACGACGGUGUGGCAACCGUUUGUUAUGCACAAUUUUAUUAAUGAACGUCUUGGUAAACUCAGCAAUAUCGAUUUUAAUGGGUGAUUUAACAUCUGGUGUAAUAGCUUUUGUAGCUGCAUCUACUGGAAUAGUAUUAUUCGGCGAAAUCGUCCCACAAAGUGUUUGUAUAAAAAAAGGUUUGUAUGUUGGAGCCAAUACAAUAGGAUUAACACGCAUAGCGAUGCUAGUUACGUUUCCUCUAGCGUAUCCGAUUGGAAAAAUAUUAGAUUGGCUUUUGGGUGAAGACUUGAUUGGAUACGAUCGAAGACAGUUACUAGAACUAAUGAAACUGACACCCAAAUGGGACAAAAAUCAAGAAUUAGCCGAAGAUUUAAAAAUUGCAGUUGGUGCCAUGGAAAUAGCAGACAAGUCAGUACAAGACGUUAUGACGCCAAUAGAAGAUGUCUUUAUGUUAUCUAGUAAUGCAGUUUUAAACAAAAAAAAUGUCACCGAAAUUUUGAAACGUGGCUAUACUAGAAUUCCGAUUUACGAAGAUGGAGAUAGGAAUUGUAUUACAACCUUAUUAUUUGUUCAAGAUUUAGCUUUAUUAGACCCAGAAGACAAUUUUACGGUCCAAACUGUUUGCAAGUAUUAUAAUCAUACACUGAGAUUUGUAACGGUAAGCGUAGGUAAACUAAAAAAGUUAUAUAUAUAAAUUUACAAUUUCUAAACCAAUAUAUAUGAAAAUGAGUAGCUUACAGGCUGAAACAUCUUUACACACAAUGCUUGAAGAAUUCAAAGAAGGUGAAUAUCACUUAGCGGUAAUUAUGGAUGACGAAGAAAACGCAAUAGGAAUUAUAACCUUAGAAGACAUAGUAGAAGAAAUUUUACAGUCAGAAAUUAUAGACGAAAGUGACACUAUAAUUGACAACAGAUAUCGCCAAAAAAGGGCAAGAAAAGUAAGUAAUGAAUUUUUGAAAUUAAAAAGUUAUGUAAGUGAUAAUUAAAACUGAAGCUAUAUAUUACAAAACAACGUUGAAAAAAAUUUACAUUUUUAAAUUUUUAUUAAUCUUCCCUUUAGAUAAGCCGAGUUGAUGCUGGAGUCGACACAGAAUUUAAAACAAUGAGCGAAUCUGCAAUUACCGUGAUAGCUCAUUGGUUAAGAUCAAAUUUUCCUGUAUUUCAAGAGCAGUUCUUAGAAGUACGAGCCUUGGUUCAGUUAAUAAAGAACAACCUACAUCAAGUGGACUUUAGCCGCGAAAACGUGUUAGAACACCGGCAUAAACACCACAAAUUAAAUUUGUAUACCGACGGUGUUGUGUCUCGACGAUUUAUUUUGAUACUUGAAGGUUCGGCCAUGGUUGAAUUUGCCGAACUAAAGAUGAAGUUUCAAGUAGGCCCUUGGGAAGCAUUUGGAAAGUCAAUUAUUGACGCAAUACAAGGAAACGUUUCAUUUACAAAGUUUAAAGGGUCUACAAGAUCAUUAUACAAUAACCAAAACGAAGCCGUUCAAUUUGUUCCCGACUUUACGUUAACUGUAACUACGCAUUGUAAAUAUUUGCAAAUUACUGUUCCUGCAUUUUUAGCAGCGCUGA